AUGGCGGCAAGCACGUUGGGAAAGCGGACGAGAAGUUCGAAAGACUUGGACCUGGUCGAACUACCCGCGAAACGAACAAGACGCCAGACUCGCAACUCCCUUGUCAAUGACGAGAACGCAGACCCGGCAGUCGUCGUCAUCCGGAAUGAGUCGUCCAGUUACAAAGCAUUCGCCGACGAAAUUGUCGAGGAGUCGUUCCCCGAUGCCCUUCCAGAGCGCACCAGUACUGCAAGAAGCAGCAAGCAGGUCGCUACAGUCGAUUACAAGCCCAUCACCCCCAGCACGCCUCGCUUCCGAGAUGCUCUUGCCAAAGUGCCCGUCACCCCGCGGCAUCGGGUCAUGUCUGCAGGGAGGAUCUCCAAGAGACUCGCACCACAGACGCCUCUCACCCCUACCGCCAUCCAAACCGUAUACCACCACGCACGACAACUGUUCUCCCGAAGCGCCAACCCGGGCCAAUUGAUCGGACGAGACGAUGAAAGAGAACAUCUCAAGGAUUUCCUGCAGCGAUGCGCGCAACCCAGCCCCAGUGGUUGUAUCUACGUCAGCGGACCUCCGGGCACUGGCAAGAGUGCAAUGGUCAACGAAGUUACCCAAGAGCUGAUCGAUGCGACGUCUACCAAGAAGGCAUACAUCAACUGCAUGAGCAUUAAGUCAUCCAAGGACUUGUACGAGACACUCCUGGACCAGUUCUGCGAUGGGCUAGAUGCCUCCGAUGGAGAUGCUGCCACGGUUCUCCAGAAGCUCUUCAUGCCACGAAAGAAGUCGUCAGAAGUCUACCUGGUCGUCCUGGACGAGAUCGACCACAUCCUCACGCUCGAUCUGGAAAGUUUGUACGGGCUAUUCGAGUGGUCCAUGCAAAAGGCUUCGCGUCUCGUGUUGGUGGGAAUCGCCAAUGCUUUGGAUCUGACGGAUCGUUUCCUACCACGGCUCAAGUCUCGAAACCUCAAACCCGAACUACUUCCAUUCCUCCCAUACUCGGUAGCGCAGAUCAAGGCCAUAAUCACCACUCGCCUAAAGAGCCUUGUGCCUGAAGGGAGUCCUCUGCCAUUCAUUCACCCCGCGGCGAUUGAGCUCUGUUCCCGAAAGGUGUCCAGUCAGACGGGCGAUUUACGCAAGGCAUUCGAGAUCUGCCGAAGGGCCAUUGACCUCGUGGAGGCGGAAACGAAGCAGAUGCACGAGGCUGAGGUCAAGGAGAAGAUGCUCCUCGCAACACCUUCCCGGAAGCCAUUGGGAGAGAACAGCAACCUGAGUUCCCCAUCGAAACGAUCGCCCGAGAAGAGCGUGUCGACCAUGCUGGCGGCCUCAUUGAAGACUUUGACAAUGGAGAAUGCGCCGCGAGUGACUAUUGGACAUCUCAACAGGAUCACUGCAGCAGCUUUCAGCAACGGAACGAACCAGCGACUCAAGACCCUCAAUCUCCAGCAGAAAGCUGCUUUAUGCUCGCUGAUGGCACUUGAGAAUCGAAAAAGAGUGGCCCGAGGAUCGUCAUUUUUGUCCACGCCAUCCAAAUCGCAGACCGUUGCACCGAGCAUCAAGUCGCUAUACGGUACUUACAGCCUACUUUGCACACGCGACUCGGUACUGCAUCCUCUAUCCAGUUCGGAGUUCCGGGAGGUUGUAGGCAGCCUCGAGACAUUGUCAUUAGUUUCUGCCGUGGAUGGCAAAACAGGUUCUCUCGCUGUGUUACAGACGCCAAGCAAGAGAGGAAAGCGAGCAGGAUUCGCUUCCGGCGUUGGAUUGGCGGACGAGAAGAAGGUUGCGAGUUGUGUAGGAGAGCGAGAGUUGGGACAGGCUAUCGAAGGCCUUGGAGCAGAUAUCUUGAAAAGCAUUUUGAGCGGCGAGGCGUUGGAUUAG